GUUUUCAACUAUCAAUAGUAUACCAGGUCUAAGCCGCAUAUCUGCUUUAUUGUUUACUUCGUUGUAUUUAUGUUUUUGUGAAUUUCGAUAGCCCUAAACUUUUCACUAACAGCGUUUUAAUGCAAAUUUGAAUCGUUGAAAUAAUGUAACAAGGGAAAACACAAUUAUAUUUAGUAUUUUCUUAAUAAUGGCCGCAAAAUCGCAGAAAAUAGGACGAAAGUUCGAGCGGACGACAAAAGGACAAAUUAAAUUCUAUAUUGAAUUCUGUAAGAAGCAUCCUGAAAUUUCACAAAAGCGCUGGUAUGGAAAGAUUGCUCCUCUCCAUGUACAAGAGUUAUGGUCUCAGUUAGCAGAAAAACUUAACUCAAUGAAAGGUCCCACUAGGACUUUAAAAAAAUGGAAAGAAGCAUUUACCAUUUGGAAAAGUAUGGUACGUUACCGAGCACGUAAAAACGCAGCUCACACCGGUUCAAGGUAUCGUCGUGAAGACCUAUUGAAGUUAACGCAAUGUAAAAAACCUGAAAACCACGAAGUUCCUACAAAAAAACUACGCCAACCUGAGUUGAAGCCUUCAAAUGCGCCACACCCAACUGCAAUUAGUAAAGCUCAAAGUGAUGUUGAAUUUCCCUUCGAUUCAAUUUUCCUACCUAGCGAUGGUAUGCAUGGCAGCACUUCUUCAUCUUCAAGGUCGCCUUCUCCCGCUUCAGACCCUUUUAAAAAGAAAACUAAACAAACUAAAAAAUCUGUAAAUUUUCAAAGAGGGAAUUUUUCUGAAAUUUGUAACACGAUAAUCCAAAGCUUAGAAGAACGCAGAGAAAGGGAGGAAAUACUCUCCGUAAACCAACAAAAUGUUAUUACGAAAUUGGAUCAAACGUUGACUGAAAUGAAUCGGGUUUUGGAAAAAAUCAAUGGCAAAUUAUGAACACAAACAAUUAGGCAGGUUCCGCGAUUCACUUUCCAGUGAACUUCAACCAGUUACUUUGUAUUCAAAUUUAAUGGGUUUGAAAUUCACUCGGUGUAUCAUUUUCAUAUUUUGCAUUGAAAAUUAUAU